AUGGAAAACACUUCAAGUCCGCUGUCAACCGUGACAGCGGCAUCAGCCUCCUUGCCUUCCUCGCCCUUGUCGAAUCUCUCACAAACGCCCUCUUUGCCCGGUUCGCCCGACAUGCGACCAGACGCUGGCGUUCGCUACCCGUCACCAUCCUCCACAGCGGCAUCCGGGACACAAUCGCCCAUCAAGUUGGGCGAUCCGGUCGAUAGCGACGACAGUCCGCGACCAGCCAAAAAGAGGCGGAUUACACCCCCGCGCGAGCGUAUCACCACGUAUCUCGACUUGAUGAAGCCCAAUGAAGAGUUUAGCCACGAGGACAAUUUCCACAUGGAACGCCUGCUCGGCGCGCUGCGCAAGAAGAAGAAGAUUGUCGUGGUGGCUGGUGCGGGUAUUUCUGUGUCGGCUGGCAUUCCCGACUUUCGCUCCGCGACCGGUCUCUUUGCAACCCAACGCAAUCAACACAAGCUCAAGGCUUCGGGAAAACACCUUUUUGACGCAUCUGUUUACAAGCAUGAGUCGUCCACCUCGUCAUUUCACACCAUGGUACGCGAAAUGAGCGAAAUGAGCAAGAAUGCGCAACCUACGCCGUUUCACCACCUGCUGGCCUCACUGGCCCAAGAAGGACGCCUAUUACGACUGUACUCCCAGAAUAUUGACUGCAUUGAUACCUCGAUAAAGCCUCUACAGACUCAAAUUCCUCUGGAACCAAAGGCUCCGUGGCCGACGACUAUUCAGCUGCAUGGAAGCCUCGACAAGAUGGUGUGCACCAAGUGUGGUGAUAUCCAGCCGUUCAAGGGCGAGCUUUUCGACGGACCAGAGGCACCACUUUGUGAGUCUUGCAAGAAUCUCGAUGAGGUGCGAACGGCACAUGCGGGUAAGCGAAGCCAUGGAAUUGGACGCCUUAGGCCACGUUUUGUGCUGUACAAUGAAUUCAACCCCGACGAGGAUGCCAUUGGCAAUGUUAUGCGAGCGGAUUUGAGGGCUCGACCCGAUGCAGUCUUGGUGGUCGGCACGACGCUCAAGGUACCAGGGACGCGACGGCUUGUGAAGCAACUGUGCCAAGUUGCGCGAGGGCGCAAAGACGGACUCACCGCUUGGAUUAAUAUCGAUUCAGAGCCAAAAGUGCCCGAUUUCAAGGACUGUUGGGAUCUCGUUGUCAAGUCAAAAUGCGACAAUAUUGCUAGAUUGGUGGCUCUGCCGCCGUGGGAUUGCGAAAUUGGGGAAGACUAUCUUGUAUCCAAGGAACAAGAGCGGGAGCGACUCACAACACCGCCAUCCAAAUUUGAGGUCCAGCUGGAUGGCAAAUCAUCGCCCGUCGAGGAUGUUCAAGCAAUCCCGACACCACGCGCAAGUCCACCACCUCCUUCGGGGAGAAAGCCUCUGCCAAAGGCCAAACAGAGCAAACUCCCCUUUGGAGCCCCCAGACCAACACUCACCAAGGCAGGAAAACCUACCAAACCUCGUGGCAGGAAGCCAAAGCAACCCGCAAAUAUACAACCACCUCCUGCGAACAUUGUACUGCAGACCUUCAAAGCCUCCAAGAAUGUAUCGGACGCUGGCUCAGGCAAGAAACUUGGAAAGCGUUCACCGCUCCCAGAUCGCCAACCUCUCAAAGAAGAACCCAAUUUGGUCGUGUCUUUGCCAUCUCCUAGUCUUGACAACAAGACUCCCGCGAGGAUUAAUGCAUCAGACACCAAUUCCAAGUCUCCUACAACACCUACGAUGCCAGAACACGCCCCUCGCGAAACUAUCUCGCCCAAGUCUGUCCCUAAUAACAUGCGCAACCUAAUCGACGUGGCGUAA